CGCGAGUCAUUCUUCUGUAUGCAGGUUUGUUUUUGAGCGCUUCAGCAUUUCAGGUCUGGUCUUCGCUACCAUACAGUGAUUGUGAAUCCACUCCAAAAAUAAUCAACCAGUAAAUUCUCAGAAUAUUCCUGUCAUCUUUGAAUUAAAGAAGUGUUUCCAGAAGUGCAGGUCAAACUUCAAGUGUUCCAACAUUUUCUUACAUACUAUUGUAAAGAUGGAUUUUAUUAAAGAGGAGAGCGAGGACAUGGGUUAUCCAGAACAAAACCGAGUGGAAAAUGAUGAUACUGAGGAACAAAGAGACCUUAUGGAAGUGAAAGAAGAAAUUGAGGAACUGAAGGAAGUGGAGGAGAAACAUCAGUAUCAGAAACCUUCUAAUGUCACACCUGGAGAAAAAUCAUUUAGUUGCUCACAGUCUGAACAGAAUUCCUCAAAACAAACAAAGGCUCGUAUAAGAAUUCACACUGCUGGGAGGAUUUACACAUGCCCUCAGUGUGGAGAGAGUUUCACACGUAAAACUCAUUUUAAUAGACACGUCUGGUCUUCGCUACCAUGCAGUGAUUGUGAACCCACUCACAAAACAAUUCACCAGUAAAUACUGUGAAUAUCCCUGUCAUCUUUGAAUUGAAGAAGUGUUUCCAGAAGUGCAGGACAAACUUCAAGUGUGUCAAUAAUUUCUGACAUACUAUUGUAAAGAUGGAUUUUAUUAAAGAGGAGAGAGAGGACAUGGGUUAUCCAGAACCAUACAGAGUGAAAAAUGAAGAAACUGAGGAACAAAUAGACCUGAUGAAAGUGGAAGAAAGUCAAGAACUGAAUCAAGUGGGAGAGAAACAUCAGGAUCAUAAAACAGAAAAAUUCCAAACUGGUAAAAAAACGUUUAGCUGCUCAAAGAUUGAAAAUAAUUUCUUACAAAGAAGAACACAAAAAACAAGAGCCAAGAAAUCUUUAACCUGCCCUCAGUGUGGAAAGAGUUUCACAAAGAAGGGAAGCCUUAACCGUCACAUGAGAAUUCACACUGGAGAGAGCCCUUUCAUAUGUUUUCAGUGUGGAAUUAGUUUUACACGUAAUGACCACCUUCAGAGGCAUGCAAGAAUUCACACUGGAGAGAAGCCAUUCACAUGCCAACUGUGUGGGAAGAGCUACAUCCGUGAAGAACACCUUCAAAAUCACAUGAGGAUUCACACUGGAGAGAGACCCUUCACAUGUGAUCAGUGUGGAAAGAAUUUUACACAGGCAGCCAAUCUCCAAAUUCACCAGCACUCUCACUCUGGAGUAAAGUCACUUAAAUGUGAACAUUUAAAAGUUUAUAUGUGCUUUGAGUGUGGGAAAAACUUUAAUACAUCCACACAUUUGAAAGAGCACCGAAGAAUUCAUACUGGAGAAAAACCUUACACAUGUUUACAAUGUGGAAAAUGUUUCAGUAAGUCAAAUCACCUCAAAGAACAUAAAAAGGUGCACACUGGAGAAAAACCCUACAAGUGCUCACAUUGUGGAAAAAGUUUCACUCACUCAGGAACCCUGAAAGGACAUGUAAGGGUGCAUACUGGAGAAAAACCUUACAAGUGUUCACACUGUGAGAAGAGUUUCACUCAGUCAGGAACUCUGAAAGACCAUGAAAGAGCGCAUACUGGAGAGAAGCCAUACCACUGCACUUUAUGUGAGAAGAGUUUCAGCUCAUCAAGUUUUCUAAAGAAACAUACAAUUCAUUACUGUAAGCACAGGGAGAAAUUGUGAGCAAAGUUAAUCUUCUGGUCCAAGGCAUUAAAAUAAAUAGAGAUCAAUUCAUAAAUCAAGAUAAACUCCCAAAAUGGUAAGAGGGUAAUGUGCAAAUAAAUAAGGUUUGCAUUUGUUUGACAAGGUAAAUGAAGGGGAUUAUUGCUGUGUGGUGAAUGAGAAAGUUUAAAAUAGUUUUUCUUUGUUGUUUUCUCAUAUAAAAGUAGAUUUUUGAAUUUGUAUUCUUAUACAAGCAUAUAGUCUUGAUUAUUAUUGAGACAAAUAUGUGCACAGAUGCACAAAGUUGUUUUCACAUCCUCUUUCCACAAGAUGUCAUAGUCUUUCAGUGUUCAGUGCACCAGUGGUGGUGUAGUGGUCUAAGCACAUAACUGGUAAUCUGGUAAUCAGAAGGACACUGGUUCGAUCCCCAUAGUUACCACCAUUGUGUCCUUGAGUAAGGCACUUAACUCCAGGUUGCUCCGGGGGGAUUGUCCCUGUAAUAAGGGCUCUGUAAGUCGCGUUGGAUAAAAGCGUCUGCCAAAUGCAUAAAUGUAAAAAUUUAUUUGUCUAUAGUUUUAAAAUUCUAUUGAUUAGAUGUCAAUAAUAAUAAUAAAUUUGUACUGUGAUGUACACAGACAUAGAGACAACAAGAGUCAAGAAAUAAAAUCCCACAUGUCGUUUGUCCACCCAACAAUAACCAGAAAAAAAGAAAUAUACUGGAGACUUGUAUUUUGAAAUGUGUGUGCUCCCAGCUCAUACAAACUUACACAUGCACUCUUACAGUUAUCUACAAGGUAUAAUAAAGGCAAAUACUGUAUGAGCAGUAAUUCAUCAACAGUAGAUUGUGAGGGAAAAUUCAUUACUGAUUAUGGUUCUGAUUACACUGUAUUUAUGAUAUUAAUGUUUAGAUGUUAAGUUGAAUAUCAGUCCCUUAAGGUGUUUAAGUGAUAUUUAAUAGUAGAGUUAGAAAUUAUGUUUGUGGUUCUGCUGAUGUGUUGUGUAGGUCUUGAGAAGAGAAGUGAGCUGAAGUGAAGAGAGCUGUCUCUGAGGUGCCAAGUGUCUAAACAUAGCAUAAGGACUUUACGUAGUGUAUUCACAUUAUCAGAAUCAUAAGUGUCAAUAUGUCUUGUUUCCAUAGGCAUAUUUUUUGUUUAAAGAAAUGUAACAUAGUUCAUUCUUAGAAUAUUUAGACGUGCAAGAAUCCUUGACUAAAGGGAAUGAAGUGGGUUUUAUUUGACCAAGUUUGUGUGUGAGGCUUCUCUUGACAAGCUGCUUGAUUUUGUGUAUAAGAACUUUGUCACCUGUUACCAAAAUAAACUUUCUUCUC